AUUUCCGGGUCCAGUGGGUACACGUGAAAAUACAUUGACGCUCUCAUGCUCUGCGCUGGGGGUAGUACUCUGCUAAUCGGUGUAUGAAGUGCAUCAUAUAAUAUCCUGAAUAACAAGGAGCAUCAUAAACGGCUGCUUUCGGAAAGAUACCGACCCUCGAAAGGGGUUAGAGGUCAGAGAAGAUGGAUGUGAAGGAGCAUAAGAAGCACCAGAAGAAGCAGAGUGGGCCGCAGGCAGAAAAGAAGAAGAACCGUAAGCAGGCAGCAGAGUCGGAGAAGGAUGACAGGAAGCGGAACCCCAAGGCGUUUGCGGUUCAGUCCGCUGUGCGGAUGGCCCGCACGUUCCACAGAGCUCAGGACCUGAAGGCAAAGAAACACCACAUCCCUGUGGUGGACCGUUCCCCCCUUGAGCCUCCACCAGUGGUGGUGGUUGUGGUAGGACCCCCACGGGUGGGGAAAAGCACACUCAUUCGCUGCCUGAUCAAAAACUUCACCCGGCAAAAACUCAGUGACAUCUGCGGCCCUAUCACCAUUGUCUCAGGAAAGAAGCGGCGGCUGACCUUCGUUGAGUGUGGGAAUGACAUCAACAGCAUGAUUGAUUUGGCGAAGGUGGCUGAUCUGGUGCUAAUGCUCAUCGAUGCCAGUUUCGGAUUCGAGAUGGAGACCUUUGAGUUCCUUAACAUCUGCCAGGUCCAUGGCUUCCCCCGCAUCAUGGGCGUUCUCACCCAUCUGGACUCCUUUAAAAACAACAAGGCCCUGCGCAAGACCAAAAAGCGCCUUAAACACCGCUUCUGGACUGAAGUCUACCAGGGGGCCAAGUUGUUUUACCUGUCAGGCAUGGUGCACGGGGAAUACCAGACUCAGGAGGUGCGGAAUCUGGGACGCUUCAUAUCCGUCAUGAAGUUCCGCCCACUGGUGUGGCAGACCUCGCACCCCUACGUACUGGCAGACCGUAUGGAGGACCUGACUGACCCUGAGACUUUGAGGGUGGACCCAAAAUGUGACCGCACUGUAUGUCUCUAUGGAUACUUGCGUGGCACAUACCUGAAAAACAAGUCCCAGGUCCAUAUUCCAGGCGUGGGUGACUACGGUGUGGCGGACAUCAGCUUCCUGCCAGACCCGUGUGCGCUGCCGGAGACGCUGAAAAAGCGCGCUCUAAAUGAGAAGGAGCGUCUGCUCUAUGCCCCCAUGGCUGGUGUUGGGGGUGUAGUGUAUGACAAGGAUGCUGUGUACAUCGAUCUGGGGGGCAGCCAUGCCCAGCAGCAACAGGAGGAGGUUCGGCCCACUACCGAACUCGUCCAGUCACUUAUUGGGACCCAUGCCACUCUGGAUGCAAAGAUGGCCGCCAGCAAAGUGUCGCUGUUCACGGGUGCGGCCGCUCUGACUCCAGAGGAGGUGGAGGGGGCAGGAAAGCUCCCCAGCCCCCAGGAGACCCAGGUCUGGGACCCUGUUACCGAGAGAGUGAGGCGGAAGGCUGUAUUCACUGAGGAAGAGGAGGAAGAGACUGAUGGGAGCGAGGGAGAGAGUGAGGGCGAGGAAGAGGAAGAGGGGGAUAGUGAGGGAGAGAAGGAGGAAGAGGGCAAUAUUGAGGAAUGGGAAGAAGGAGAGGAGAAGGAAGACUGUAAGAUUGAGAGCGGGGAAGAGGGAGAGAAAGAGGGCGAGAGCAAUGGGGAGGAUGAUGGAGAAAGUGAAGGAAAGGGAGAAAAGAGGCAGGUGGAUGAUGGGCAGAAAGAGGAAUCUCCACCUGUGAAGAGGCAGAGAGGCGAAAAGGCAGGGCAGGGCCUGGAGAAGAUGGCGGAGGCCGAGACAAAGAUGGAGGUGCCGGCCUUCGCUGACAGCGAAGACGACCUGGAGAUGAGCGAGGAAGAGGGGGAGGAAGAAGAGGAGAGUGAAGGAGAAACAGACAGUGAGGAGGAAGAAGACGAUGAAGAGAAGGAGGAAGACCAAGUGGUCGGUCGUGGAGCGGCUGAUUCUGGACAUUGUUCUGAGGAAGACGAGGAUGAGGAAGAGUCCGAGAGCUCAGAUAUGGAGGAAGAGGUCUCUCUUCUUAAAGCUUCCCAGAGUGGGGUCAAGAGGACAAAGGUCUCUCCCCAGCUAGAGGGGGAAGAAGAAGAAGAAAAAGAAGAAGAAGAGGAGGAGGAUGAGGAGACUGAGGUGUCUGCAGGAGCUCUGCAGUGGAAACAGGGGCUGGCUCAGAAGGCAGCGGAAGCUUUCCUACGGCAACAGAGUGCCACCCCUAACCUGCGCAAACUGGUGUAUGGCACAGUGGUACAGGAUGAAGAGGACAAUGAUGAUGAGGAGGAGUUGGGAGGGCUGUUCAGAGUCAGCCGCCCAGAGAAGAGCAAAAGAGAGCGCGCUGACGCCAUGGACUGCUCACGCUUCGCCCCUGACACCAGUCAUGACUGGGAUCAGGAAGAGAUGCUGGCCUCCAUCAGGGACUGCUUUGUGACGGGAGCAUGGGAGGGAGAUAAAGAUGCCGCCACGCUCCUGAAGGAGGAUGAGGAGCUGUACGGAGACUUUGAGGAUUUGGAGACUGGAGAGGUGCACAAGGGGAAUUCUGGGAAGGUAGAGGACCCUGAUGAGGAGGAGAGUGGUGAGGAAGAAGAGGAGCCGUCGAUGAAGACCGAUGAAGAAGAAGACCAGAAGAAGAAGCGGCUCGAGAAGAAGAGGAGAUUGAAGGAGCGUUUUGAUUCACAGUAUGACGAUGGAGAUGCCACCUACUUUGAUGACCUGAAGGAGGAGAUGCAGAAGCAGGCAGAGCUUAACCGGGCGGAGUUUGAGGACGUGGACGACGAAAUGCGAGUCCAGUACGAGGGGUUCCGGCCCGGGAUGUACGUGCGUCUGGAGAUCCCCGCUCUGCCUUGCGAGUUUGUUUCCAACUUUGACCCCCACUAUCCCAUCAUCCUCGGCGCCCUGGGGUCCAGCGAGGGCAAUGUGGGAUACUUGCAGAUGAGGCUGAAGAAGCACCGUUGGCACCAGCGGAUCCUGAAGACGCGCGACCCGCUCAUCCUCUCCCUCGGGUGGCGCCGUUUCCAGACCAUCCCACUGUACUACAUCGAGGACCACAACGGGCGGCACCGCCUUCUCAAAUACACGCCUCAGCACAUGCACUGCGGGGCCACCAUCUGGGGGCCAAUUACCCCCCAGGGGACGGGAUUUCUGGCUGUCCAGUCUGUGGGAGGUACUCAGUCAAGUUUCCGCAUCGCUGCCACUGGCGUGGUGCUGGACCUGGACAAAUCCGUGACCAUUGUGAAGAAGCUGAAGCUCAUCGGAUAUCCGUAUAAAAUCUACAAGAACACUUCAUUCAUCAAGGGAAUGUUUAAUUCGGUUCUGGAGGUGGCAAAGUUUGAAGGGGCGAGCGUCCGGACAGUCAGCGGGGUCAGAGGUCAGAUCAAGAAAGCACUGCGGACCCCACCGGGAGCUUACCGGGCCACCUUUGAGGACAGACUGCUGAUGAGUGAUAUUGUGUUCCUGCGCUCCUGGUACCCGGUGUCAGUGCCUCAGCUCUAUAACCCUGUCACGUCCUUGCUGCGGCCCGUGGGCCAGAAGGACAGCUGGGUGGGCAUGCGGACCCUCGGCCAAAUCAAACAGGAACAGGGCGUGCGGAACAAGCCCGACAAAGACUCCCUGUACAAGCCGGUGGUGAGGACAAAGCGACACUUCAACCCACUGCACAUACCCAAGCAGCUGCAGAAAGCCCUACCCUUCAAGAGCAAGCCCAAACAAGACCAACCCAAAGGCCGCACGCCCCGAGAUCUGCGGAGACCCGCUGUGAUCAGGGAGCCCCACGAGAGGAAGGUGGCGUCACUGCUGGCAGCCCUGAGCACCGUGCACUAUGACCAGAAGAACAAAGCAAAGACCCAGAAGCACGCCCAGCACAAGGACUUCCUCCGGCAGAAGGAGCGGGAGGGAGCCGAGCGGGAGAAACGGCACAAGGAGGAGCGCAAGAAGAUGUACCGCGUGCUCGGGCAGCAGGAGAAGAAACGGCAGAGGUCUAGCCUGAAGGGUGCCCCCAAGGACGACUGAGUCUCCACUGGACGGCCGUUACCUCUCCACUGUUCGUCUCUGAAUGCGACCGCACGCUGAACUUAUACAGGAACGGAGGUGUGACUGGUGUCACGGCUUUUUGUUUCUGUGCUCCUCCAGUCUGCGUCCGGACGUCACAAACUGUCAUGGCAGCUUGUUUGGGCUCCUGUUUUUAAAAAAAUGCAGCGGCUACCAGUACUGCCAUUAUGAAUGCGUGUGUGUGUGAGUGUAUGUGUGUGCGCGUUCACGUGUGUUGUGACUGGCUGAAACUUUGUAUUCUGUUCCUAAAAGAAUAGUUCUGGUCUGCUCCUUUGUGUUAGGAGAAACAUUAGUUACUGUUUUUCCUUUAAGUAAGCAAAUAAAUGAUUCUGCUUUUUAA